AUGGCAUGGGCAAAGUAUUUUCUCUUCUUCACUAUUAUUUCCCUAAUUAGCAACCCAAGCUCUUGUGCUGAAGAAGGCCUCGGUGCGAUUGUUCAAAUCGGCAUAGGCGGUACCUCUAUUGUAGGAACAAACUACAUAAACAAUGUCAAUUCACUACUCUCGGUUCUUAUAUCCGAGUCCUCAGCAGGUUUCUUCAACGCCUCUGCCGGUGAUGAUUCCGGCCGAGCUUAUGGUUGGUUUCUCUGUCGAGGUGAUCUUAGUGCUGAAAGAUGUGACAAUUGUUUGCAUAGGGUAAGAGAUUUUAUUGUACGUCAACCUAUCUCUAAUUAUCACCCUAAUGCCAUUGUAUCCUCCUCAAAUCUUGAGUGCGUAAUACGCUAUGCCAAUAGCUCAACGGCGUUAGUGUACAGGAGAAAUACUACACAUACCGUUCAAGGAUUUGGUGAUAGGUUGUCACAGCAUAGGCAAUACAACACGACGUUGUUGUUUACGAUGCAAGACGUCGUUAGACUAAUUAGUUCCGGCAUCUUGACGAACCCUUAUUUCUUUACCACGGAAGUUGGAGUAACAGGUACUUCUGAUAGAAUUUUUAUGCUAAGUCAAUGCACGCCUGAUAUAUCUCGAAUGAACUGCAGUGAUUGCUUACAUGAUCUGUAUACUACUUUCCCUCCAACUUCUAUGGGUGGAAACAUUCUUGGCUCUAAUUGUUUGUUGACGUACAAUAACGAGCCUUUCUUUGGCAAUGGUUACCACAAAUUUAUACCAAGUUAUUUACACUUGAUCUUGGUCUUGUUACUUGCCAUGUACUUCACAUUCGUGUAA